AAUUGAUUUCAUAAUUAUGGAUUCUAUAUAUAGAUUUUAUGAAUAAAUCUUAAAUCAAAUCUGAAUGAUUAUAGAUAGCUACAAAUUUAAUCACUGGCAUUUGUUGAGUCCUUAUAAAAGCAGUCAAUGGCACUUAAACUACACUGAUGAAUAACUUUCAACCGAUUUCUUUGGAUUCGUGCAUCCGUUAUGAUGACCAUCAGUUUAUAGCAGGCUGAAAUGUGUGGGGAGAAUAUAUACUACAUGGUGGGGUUGCGCAGGAUACUGUUCGGAAUCUCCAAGGGUAAUACAAGAGGGGUAGUAACCGGUGGUAGUGGUUAUAUUUAUACAUCUCUUCCGCCCCCGUCAAGUGAGAAGGGAUAGCGACGCCACCACUACCCCACUACUUCUACCACCACCACCGCCGCCACCACCACCACUCGCUGUCGCCAUCACCACUACCACCGCUACCACCACCAAUGCCGUCACUUCACCACCGGUGCCAUCACCACCGCCAACGCUUCGUCGUCGUUACCACCGUCGAGACGCUAUAUGUGAUCGUUGCUAUCGUUUUAGUUAUUAACAGACCGUACGAUCAUUCGUAUUGUAGUGAAGCGGGAGAAAAAGAGUGAGAGGGAGGAAGAGAGAGAGUAGUGAGAUAGAAAUCGUAAUUGAGUAAGGAAGAGAAGAGAAAAUUGUCGUGAAUGUGUGCAAAGAAGAGAAAGAAAUAAAAGUGGAAAAACGAAUAGAACGUGAAAAAUAGAAGGAAGAAUCGAGCGUAGGGAAAAAGAGAAGAAAAAGUGAAAAAAAGAGAGAAACUAUAUUACGAGCUAUGCUGCACAGUCUCGCCUGAACAAAGGAAGGCUCCCUCAACUGAGGGUCGUUUCCGAUCGACGAACCGUCGGUCCCCCUUCGUUUGCCUUCGGCGCGCCUCGUGUGGCAUAAGUGUCUAGCAAUCGGCCAGUCACGUAGCAGCGGCCGAGCCGUGAGGAACAAAGAACGGAAGAAUAAGAGUAGAACUUCAAAGAGCAAAAAAGAAGCAUAUAUCCAUGAACCGGCUUGCCGGUUAAAAUAAAGAAAAAAGGCAGGUAACAAUAAUAUUGUGCUUGUGUCACAGAAAUUCUUAUUGAUCAAGAAUUUUGAGUGGAGAAAGUGAAGAAAAUUUCCUGUUCCUAUUGAAAUUUUUUAUCAAAAUCAGUUCAAUUUGUGUACGGUACAUUAUAAGUUAUUUCCGCGUAUCGUUUCGCAAGUUUUAUCGUGUAGAUACGUUAACGCUAAAAUCAAUGCAAGUGUAAAAUAGGCAUCUUUUACGCGUGUGUGUUUUCCAAGGUGCUUUCGUUUUCGUGUUUUCAAACCACUUUGAGUGAAUUCAAAUAAGUUUUGAACAACGGUGAACAGAAGUUGGAUUCUUAAUUGGCAGUUUUGUGAGUGCGUUCUCGACAUACCGGCGACCUAACCUAACGAUUACUUUCUAAGGGGUAGGCACGCAAUUACCAACGAUAAUUGUUACGUGUACAUGUUAAGAAAUCGAUCGUUCAUACGUGCCGUUAAAAUGUGCUAAAUGGUGAAACAGAGAAGCUGAAUAAAGACAAACGUGACUACAAUAUAAAUCUUUAUCUACUAAUUAUCAACAUAACAAAGAUUUUCAUUUGCCUUUAUUUUUGCUCCUCAAUUCGCUUUUGUGUGACAUGUGCCACAAAUAUACAGUGCACACCUGAAUUUGAAGGAUUUUUUGACUGAAAAGCAGAAUUCCUCCGUUCGGCUACGUACGGAUUAUCCUCGUAUUUACGGUGAGUCCUGUAUUAUUAUUGAGAGGUGCUGCUACGGAAACGAUAAGUCUGCGAGCCCAUUGUGAAGUUUACAAAGGUUACGCUUUGAGGGGAUGCCGGUUGAUUGAAAAUGGCCUCGCCGACACUUUCGCUGGAAUCGCGCGCGAAUUCCAUCGGAUCCCUGGCCUCGCUGUCUCCGCUUACAGUAAGCGGCAGUUCUCCGCCUGCGAGCGACUCGGCGAUCUGUGACGUCGACAGCUGUGACCUUUGCCUCGACUCGCAAAAACCUGGAGAGGCACCUUGCCCACGGUGCCGAUUAGGAGGCGCCGGUGGAGUUCGUUGUACUGGGUGCAAAUCUACCGAAUCCGACGCUGUAGCUCGUUGCUUCGACUGUGCGAAUUUCCUCUGCCCUAACUGCGUGAUGGCGCAUCAGUUCAUGCACUGCUUCGAAGGCCAUCGUGUCCUCAACUUGGGCGAUUCGAAACUCGAGACGGUUACCACCAGCACCGCGAAUAAUGAAAUCCCAAAAAACAAUUUGGUGAUCAACAGCGGUAGCAGCAACGGCGAGAAAGUACCUUAUUGUCCUCGGCAUAAACAGGAAUUGCUAAAAUAUUUUUGCCGCACUUGUACAGCAUUAGUCUGUAAGGAGUGCGCUAUUACUGAUCAUCCUGGCCCAUUACACGAUUGCGCGCACAUAUCUGAGGUAGGGACGCAACAACUCGAAGCAAUGGCAAGAGUAGUUCAAGAAUGUAGAGCAAAAGCUGCGGAUGUAAGAGCCGCUGUGAAAGCAGCCGAUCACGGAGCGGCACGGCUACAAGUGCAGUAUCACAAAGCACAAAAUGAAAUCAACGACACUUUUCAAUUCUAUCGAUCGAUGCUCGAAGAACGUAAACAAGAAUUGUUGAAAGAACUCGAAUCGGUAUUUUCCACGAAACAAAUGUCUCUUGGCGUUCUAACGCAAAAGGCCAACGACAUGGCCGAUAAAAUGCUUCAAACUUGCGAAUUUGUCGAACGGUUAACCAAAUACACUACUGUUACCGAGGUACUGAUGGUAAAGAAGCUUCUCGACUCGAAACUUCAAUUAUUGUUGAAUUAUACACCGGACAUUGCCAGUCAAACCGCCGAUCUCGAAUUUGUCAGUAAUUAUCAGGCGAUUCAAGUAGGCGUACGAAAUACGUUCGGUUAUGUUCGAAGCAAUAAUGAGAGUAACGCUGGCCCGAUUGGGAAACAACCGCCUAUCGCUCGACCAACGGCACUCUCCAAUAAUGGUAACGGUGGAAGCAAUGCCAACAAUGGACCCAAUAGUGCUGGAUCUUUGGGAGGUCUUCUAUUAGAUCGCUCUUACAGCAAUGGCCUGAUAUCCUCCACUUCUACUUGCGCCUCAUCCACAUCGCCAUCGUCCUUCGAUACCAACAACACUGUUAUUACUAAGCGUUUUAGUUCGGCUAAUAGCCUAGGCCCAUUCUCAACCACAAUCAGCGAUCUUAAUUUGAACGGUAUAAACGCGAAUCCUUAUGAAAAAUGGAGCAACGGAGGUAGCGAUGUUUAUCCAGUUGUCACUACAAACGAUCAUUUUCCAAUGCCAACAUCCGUUGCUGUUGCGGCAAAUGCUGCGUCCAGUGACUCUGUUCUUGACCUUACCUCGAAACUGAUGUCCGCUACGGUGAUAUUUCCGCCAAAGUCGCAGAUUAAGCGACAAAAAAUGAUUUAUCAUUGCAAAUUUGGCGAGUUUGGUGUUAUGGAAGGACAGUUUACCGAACCUUCGGGAGUGGCGGUGAACGCACAAAAUGACAUUAUCGUAGCCGACACGAACAAUCAUCGGAUUCAAAUAUUCGAUAAAGAGGGUAGAUUCAAAUUCCAAUUUGGGGAAUGUGGUAAACGAGACGGUCAAUUACUUUAUCCGAAUCGGGUGGCAGUAGUGAAAACAUCGGGUGAUAUAAUUGUUACCGAACGUUCACCGACUCAUCAGAUACAAAUAUACAACCAAUAUGGUCAAUUCGUGCGUAAAUUUGGGGCAAAUAUAUUGCAACAUCCGCGCGGUGUUACGGUCGAUUCGAAAGGGCGCAUAGUCGUUGUCGAAUGCAAAGUGAUGCGCGUAAUUAUUUUCGAUCAGGCCGGCAUCGUUCUUCAGAAAUUUGGAUGCUCAAAACACUUAGAAUUCCCGAAUGGAGUAGUCGUGAACGACAAACAAGAGAUCUUCAUUAGCGACAAUCGCGCCCAUUGCGUGAAGGUGUUCAAUUAUGAGGGUGCCUAUCUUCGACAAAUAGGUGGAGAAGGGAUCACCAACUACCCCAUCGGGGUAGGGAUCAACGCCGUAGGCGAAAUACUGAUAGCAGACAAUCAUAAUAAUUUCAAUCUGACGAUCUUCACGCAAGACGGUCAAUUGGUUUCGGCUCUCGAAAGCAAAGUUAAGCAUGCCCAGUGUUUCGAUGUCGCAUUAAUGGACGAUGGAUCGGUCGUAUUGGCCAGCAAGGAUUAUCGACUCUAUAUAUAUCGUUAUGUACAAGUACCGCCAAUUGGCAUGUAGAGCAUCGAAAAAUUACGACGCCAACAACGAUCAUCUAACGUCAUUUUCGUCGUUGUCGUCGUCAUCUUUAUCGGCAUUGUUUCGACGGCCAUGAAACCAGGAUCUCAUCGAUCUUUUUUUUACUUAUACUUGCCUAUCUUUUUCUUCACCCACUUACCAUCAUCGCUCGUACUCACUUUACCUCUCCAUCUUCGCCCGCUCGAUCCACUUCACUUCCGUUUUAUGAAACGAAACAAAAUGCAGCGCGUAUGCGAGCGAAAUUGCGUUGAUUCGACAGCUGUCGAAAUUCAAGAUGACAGGCCUUAUUUAUACGAAUACGUGCGCGUACACCAACUAAGCGGAACGGAUUCCUUUCGCCAGUAGAAAUCUCCCGUCGCGAUCGUUCGAGAAUUUGUUUCCGCCUAGCAGACAAUUAUACUUUCGUAUAUAUGCGUGCCAUGAUGUAAAGCGAAUUUCUCACUUUCGUGUGAAUGUAUGUUGAGCACGUAUUUCCGAAAACUAUGAAUGAGGUUGAAAAGAAAAACAAGAUACAGAGAAUAAAUGGAAUGAAAAUUAAAAGAAGAACAAACAAAGAAAAAUGGCUAUUCAAUGCUCGUUGCGACACGCACAUAUACGAAUCAUUUUCCAAACUGCGCACGCGCACGUAUAUGAAAUGUUCGUACGAAAAAGAUAAACGCAGGCGAAUUCGGGAUGCCCAUUUUGUUUGCGUGCAUUACGUAUACGCGCACGCGUGAAAAACGGAAAUUCAUACAAGACGUGUAAGCGCAUAUACGCGGAGAAUUUACUUGUUAAUGUUGUUAUAACUGAAAAUACUGUUGUUGUUGUUUAGUUGUAGAGCUCGCCGCCGCUAGUCACUCCAUUCUCAUCCUCCUCAUCCAGAUUUUUCUCCCUUUUCAACCAAUUUAUCCUCUCUACGUUACAUCUCCUUUUUCCAAAAAAUUGAUUUCCAAUCAAAAUCUCCCUUCCAGUUUUCCUUUUCAUCCCCUUCUCGAUCAAAAACCACGAGGAGCAUUUAUUUCUCAUUAUCUCAGAUAUUUAUCACGUUUCUGCACGUAUUUUUUCUAAGUCGUGCAAACGAACGUGUUACCCGUCCGGUUUUGACACGAUUAUUUUUUUAACUAUCGACUCUUUGGGUUUAAUUUUGGACUUAAACUUGUCUUAAUCGCGUUUAAUGACAAUUAUCAUUGAAGAAUUAUAUAUUUCACUAUGAUCCAAAGCGAAAUAAUUUUGCUACCGACAUCAUCGAUUCGUAAAGAUCGAUACGUAGCGAGAGCUUGUUUCGUUGCUCUCUCUUCUCCUCUCAUGUGCGUACGUAAUUGAAAAAUAAGAAUAUUCGAUUGAUAUUCUAUAUGUUUUAUUGCCUUAAAUUACUACAUAAAUCAAAGAAUGAUAAUUGACAAUAUCAAUUACCGUCGUUGUCAAAUGUCCGUUCGUUAAGCUUUCACUUAUCUUUGAAAAUUUUUAUCAACGGACAAUUCUGUAUUCUGUUUCUCUUCUUUUUUUUUUUUAUCUUUUCCAAAUCCUUCUUUAUCCUUGUCAUUUAUUUCUUAUUUUUUUAGAUAAUUAAGUAGAUGUUCUUUUUUAUACAUAUUUAUAUGUAUAUUUCUCUUUUUCAUAUAAAUCAACGGACAUUCAUCUUAACCUAUGAUUUUAAGUAUGACAAUGAUGAUAAUCCAUUUUACUUAUUCCGAUUCAUUUCAUCUUUGUUCUUUAGUUGUUUUUCUUUUACUUUUUUUUUUGUUUUGUUAAUGUAUUUUUCUUUGUCUUUUCUUUUUUUACAUAUGUUUAAGUUUCUUUUUUUUUCUUUGAACAAAUGUGAUUAUAAAAUCCGCGUUAAUUAUAUAUUUUACUUUUUGUAUGAUUUAUCUUUCAUUUUCUUGAUCCGAAACUUGUCUACCGUAAAGGAAGAUGAGAAAUUACAGAAAAUAGGCUCAAAAAGACUGAGAACAUUCUUUCGUUUACAAGUCGAGCUUUUAUGUAAUAAAAAAGAAAAAAAGAAAAUUGUAUAUUGCAAACAAUUGCAUUGCAGCGAUAAAUAUUGCAAAAUUCAUGCAAUAUCUUCUCGUCUUCCUUGACUGAUCUUCGAACUUUGCAAGGAUGUUCCAUCGAUAUCGUAUCAAUCAUAUUUAAUAAAUAUUCUUGAUGCAAAUAUCCGAUAUUUCUUCUAUAUUCCAAUGAAAACGAUAAGGAAUUUCUAAAAAAAAAUUUGUUUUUCAGUCGGUCGAACAUUUCAUUUUGAUUUUUUAAUCUGAUGAUGUAAUCGUAGUGGUGUUACUAUAGCGAGUAGUCUUAGUGAAUUAUAGUAAAAUCAUAUAAUGAAUUAUUUGAACGGUUCUUCUUAUUCAUUUUCGCAUUCUUUUCGUUGAUAUUAUUUUUCUUAUUCUCUAUUUUCAAUUCUUAUCUGAAACCAGCUCCUAUUUUGGAAGCACCUAUACGAACAUCAUCACGAUCGUAAAUGAAUCAUCAUUAUCACUAUUGUGGCCACUACUAUUGUCAAUUACUUUCCUAUUUGAAAAUGUUAGUCCAUUCUUUAGUAUGACCAGUAUGUUGCGCUAGUAGCUUUUUGAACUUGAAUGAAUAGUAUUAAUAUAUUUUGUUGGAUGAAUCGUUGAUAAUAGGAGUCUUGAAUGUCCAGGCUUCACCACGAUUUCCUGCAUGUUUACUAUCAAAAUAUUUUUAUUAUUAUUAUCAUUAUUAUUGUUUAUUAUCAUUAUCAAUGUCAUUAUCAUUAUUAUUAUCACUAUAACUAUCAUUAUCAUUAUUAU